GCAAUGAGGAGCCCUUUACUCUUCAGCUAUUUCUUGGCUGUCAGUUUGACCACUUUCACCGAAAGCGCCAAAAUUGACUGGAGUUUCCAUGGAAAAAAUGGUCCUUCUCAUUGGUCGAGAUCCUUCCCUCUAUGCAGCAACAAGCGUCAAUCCCCCAUCAACAUCCCCCUCUACAAGAAAGACUUUAGACCUUCCCUCAGAUCCUCUUUGAAGUUUUCCCAUUACACAUGCCCAUGUCGCGGAGACUUCACAAUGCAAAAUGAUGGCAAGACUUUCAAGAUUGAUCUAAGAAAUGCAUUGGCUUCGUUAACCUUGAACCGUGCGAGACGUUAUUUGUUAGAUCAUCUGCACUUUCACUGGGGAAGUAGCAAUGAGAUUGGUUCUGAACACCAGUUUGAAGGAAGAAGCUUUCCCGCUGAGCUUCACUUUGUACACUAUAACAUAAAGUUUCAAAAUUUAUCUGUCGCUAUUGAUCAACCUAAAGCUCUCGCUGUUCUUGGAGUUAUGAUCGAGGUUGGACGACGGAAUCCAGUAUUUGACAACUUUUUAAAGUACAUUCACAGAGUAAAGAAUAUAGGUACAAAAUUUAGGUUUCCGUCAUUCGACGUAAAAAACCUGCUACCAAAGGACACUGAGAGGUUCUACCGUUAUGAAGGUUCACUAACAACACCGCCAUGUUUUGAUAACGUUACCUGGACAGUUCUGUACACUCCUAUUGAAAUAUCACAACAACAGCUCAAGAGAUUCCGAGCACUGAAAGAUGGUCAGGGGAAGGCUUUAGUGAACAACUUCCGCCCAGUUCAGGAUCUGCAUGGGCGUAGUGUAUCUAGUAGUUUUCGAUUAUGUAAAAUACACGCGCACUAAAACUUAGUCUGGACAAGGCCUAUACUGUAAGGAAAAGGUUUAUGUGGCCGCUUUGUUAUAGAAUACCACAGGAAAGGCCCGUAAUACAACUUGUGUCGUAACCGCGUAAAUAUCAGGUUUAGGGUAUGCUCUUAUACUGUACAUACUAUUUAUAGUAUGAGUGACCUCC